CAGCUCUUUGUGGAAUGGAUACCCAACAAUGUCAAGACAGCUGUCUGCAAUAUCCCAUCUCGUGGCCUCAAGCUGGCAGUCACCUUCAUCGGCAGCAGCACAACCAUCCAGGAGCUCUUCAAGUCUAUCUGCAAGCAGUUCACUGCAGUGUUCCGCCGGAAGGCCUUCCUCCACUGGUACACAGGUGAGGGCAUGGAUGAGAUGGAGUUCACUGAGGCUGAGAGCAACAUGAAUGACCUUGUCUCUGAGUAUCAGCAGUACCAGGAUGCCACUGCAGAAGAAGAGGAAGAAUUUGGUGAGGAGGAUGAAGAGGCGGCCUAAGGCAGAGCUCCCAUCACCUCAGGCUUCUCAGUUCCCAUAGCCGUCUUCCUCAGCUGCCCCUUUCCUCUCCCUCAGAAUUUGUGUUUGUUGCCUCUUU